GCCCGGGGAAAAUGUCUCUGCCGACCGCAACAUUAAAGAUAUAUACGCUAUAUGCUCUUGGUCUUGGCCCGAUGCAUACAUAACCCACGCGAUCAUGUUCACGGUCACGUCGGAGAUCUACGGCGAGAACAAUUACCAGACGACACGCGAUGGCGGCAAAGUGGUGUCCAGAUUCCGGUUCGUCUACCCGGAUUCCGAGGCGAAGCUGGCGAGGAUUACGACGGAUAAAGACGGUGACCUUGAGGUGGCGAGGCCACGACGUGGCGUGAUCGAAUUGGAACAUUCCGAGGCCACAGAACUGCGUUUGGUGGGCCUGCAAGUGUGGCGCGGAGCCCUUCUCCUGGCGGACUAUCUAUUCUCGAAGAAGGAUGAGUUCUCUGGGAAAACCCUCAUGGAACUGGGCGCUGGCGUGGGCCUAACGAGCAUAGCAGCGGGUAUACACAAUCCUGGGAGGAUCUACUGCACGGAUGUGGAUCUGGGCUGCAUACUGAAGCUGAUUCGUGGCAAUGUGCAAAGGAAUUCCCAGCUCCUCAGUGGAAAAAUCUCCGUCCUGGAGUUUGAUUUCCUCGCCCCGAGAGAAGACCAAUCUCAGGAUCUUGUGGAAGCCAUAGAUAAUAGCGAUAUAAUACUAGCUGCCGAUGUAAUAUAUUCCGACAGCCUAACCGAUGCCUUCAUCUCGGUGGUGGAUAAUCUCCUGGAGCGAGGUCGCCAAACUCGCAGGCACAAAACCAUUUACAUGGCCCUGGAGAAGCGCUAUGUGUUCACUUUGGAGGAUUGCGAUUCGGUGGCUCCCAUGUACGAAUACCUCAUCCGGCAGACGGUGAAUAAACCCUGGAAUAUGGAGCACUUGCCUCUGGAUUUCCCCCAGUAUUUCGAGUACGAUCGCUGCAAGCAACUGAUUCUGAUCAAGAUCACAGGUCGUUAGACAAUUAAUACCUUAGUGUACCUCACUAAUUUAGUUAAAUUUUGUCACCUUAGGUUGAGAUAUUAAUUGAAUUUAUAUAUUUUCCCUAUCAUUAAGAAAUUAU